AUGGCGCCUUCAUUCGAUUGGUGGUCAAAGGACAAGCUCCGAGGGACGCCGGUGAUUGUGAAGAUGGAGAACCCCAACUGGUCGAUCUCGGAGAUCUCGUCGCCGGACGACGGCGUUUCCGACGAUUUCGCUGGCGUGCGGAAGGGCGGAAGAGAAAAGAACGCAAAGCAGAUUACUUGGGUUCUUCUCCUCAAGGCCCACCGCGCUGCCGGAUGCCUCGCAUACCUUGCCUCCGCCGGUUUCCACCUUGCGUCCGCCGUUCGCCGCCGCGUCUCUUCUGGACGGACUGAUGCCGACGAGAGCCCAGCUCUUCGCCGCCGCUUCUACUCCUGCAUCAAAGUCUUCCUUUGGCUUUCAAUUUUCCUCCUCGCUUUCGAGAUCGCGGCUUAUCUCAAGGGAUGGCACAUCAGAGCCCCAGACCUCCCUAGCAUAUCGCUCCCCUCAUCCUUCGGGUUUCGCAGCCUCUUCGCCGCCAUUUACUCAGGCUGGGUUGGCUUCCGCGCCGAGUACAUCGCUCCUCCUCUGCAGUUCCUCGCCAACGCCUGUGUCAUCCUCUUCCUUAUCCAAAGCGCAGACCGCUUUAUUCUCUGCCUUGGCUGCUUUUGGAUCCGCUUCAAGAGGAUCAAACCUGUUGCGAAUUCUACAAGCAAAGACGUGGAAAUGGGCGAUUACUUUCCAAUGGUCCUCAUUCAGAUGCCCAUGUGCAAUGAAAGAGAGGUCUAUCAACAAUCCAUUGCUGCAGUUUGUAACUUGGACUGGCCGAGUUCUAAUAUGCUCAUCCAGGUUUUGGAUGAUUCCAGUGAUCCCACAACACAGAGCCUUAUCAAGGAAGAGGUGGAGAAGUGGGCGCAUACUGGCGUUCGAAUCGUUUACCGUCAUAGGGUUAUCAGAGAUGGUUACAAAGCUGGAAAUAUGAAAUCUGCAAUGAAUUGUAGCUAUGUCAAGGACUACGAAUUUGUAGCCAUCUUCGACGCCGACUUCCAACCAACACCAGAUUUUUUGAAGAGAACUGUGCCCCAUUUUCAGGGUAAUGAUGACCUUGCGUUAGUGCAAGCUAGAUGGUCAUUUGUGAACAAAGAUGAGAAUUUGCUGACCAGGCUUCAGAAUAUUAAUCUUUGCUUCCACUUCGAGGUGGAGCAACAAGUGAAUGGUGUGUUCAUCAACUUCUUUGGAUUCAAUGGGACUGCCGGAGUUUGGAGAAUUAAGGCUUUGGAAGAUGCUGGAGGGUGGCUGGAGAGGACAACAGUGGAGGAUAUGGACAUUGCAGUUCGGGCUCAUCUUAAGGGCUGGAAGUUCAUCUUUUUGAAUGAUGUUGAGUGCCAGUGUGAAUUGCCAGAGUCCUACGAAGCUUACAGAAAGCAGCAGCAUAGGUGGCAUUCCGGUCCAAUGCAAUUGUUCAGGCUUUGUUUGUCAGAUAUUAUUGGAUCAAAGAUUGCAAUGUGGAAGAAGGCAAAUCUUAUCUUUCUGUUCUUCCUUCUCCGAAAACUCAUAUUACCAUUCUAUUCGUUCACUCUCUUCUGCAUCAUCCUUCCCAUGACAAUGUUUGUCCCUGAGGCUGAGCUCCCUGCGUGGGUAGUCUGUUACAUCCCUGCAACAAUGUCCUUCCUCAACAUUCUCCCUGCCCCAAGGUCAUUUCCGUUCAUCGUCCCCUACCUCUUGUUUGAGAAUACAAUGUCAGUGACUAAGUUCAAUGCCAUGAUCUCUGGCCUUUUUCAACUGGGGAGUGCCUAUGAGUGGGUUGUUACGAAGAAAUCUGGUCGUUCUUCAGAGGGAGACCUGCUAUCUUUGGUGGAGAAAGAGCCCAAACACCAUCGUGGUGGUUCUGCUCCUGAUUUUAAUUCCAUCGCAAAAGAGGUUGUAAAUCAGCCAAGGAAAGAACCAAAGAAGAAGCACAAUAGGAUCUACAGGAAAGAGCUGGCCCUUGCCUUUCUACUCUUAACAGCUGCUGCUCGCAGCUUGCUUUCUGCUCAAGGCAUUCACUUUUACUUCCUGCUCUUUCAAGGUGUUUCGUUUUUGGUGGUUGGUCUCGACCUCAUUGGGGAACAGAUCGAAUAAAGAUCAGUUCAAGAUGUUUUCAUGGAUGAUACAUCGAGAAGACUGAACAUUUUUUUUUUUUGCCUUUAUUCUGAAGCGAAGAAAGGAACUAGUGUAGAUAGAGCUAUUGUCAGCCCUGUUAGAUGCUUCAGAUUCUUUCAGGUCUUCAUUCUUUUACCAAAAAGAAAGCUUUAUGUUAAGUUGGAUUUUACUUAAAAAAAUUCAACCAUUCUUCUUCCCCCUUUCCUUUCAUGAAGAAAUUUAUAUGUACUAAAAUAACAUAAUUAUGUGAUUACUUGGUAGAUUUGUGAAUCACAAAGGAAAUUCAUGGAUUUUUAUUAUAGUAUUGAGGAUCUCAGAGGGAAUUCAUGGAUUUUGACUAUGAGAAUAUGUGUUACAUGAGAUGAUUAUAAACAAGAAAUGUAUUUGCUCAUGAUGUCAGGGAAACAGCCAUCUUGUUUUCCCUGUAUAUUGUAUGUGUAUUAACUAUCAGAAAAAUAAAUAAAGAAAGCUGUGCGAGCUAUCGUCUUAAA